AUGAAGUUCUCCGCAGCGCUCCUGUGCCUCCUGCUCACCAUGGCCGCCCUCACCACCCAGGUGCUCGCUCAGCCAGGUAAGGUCCCAACCGUCUGCUGCUUCAGUGUUGCCAGCAAGAAGAUCCAAAAUCAGAAACUGCAAAGUUACACAAGACUCACCGACAGCAGAUGUCCCCAGAAAGCUGUGAUUUUCAAGACCAAACUGAACAAGGAGAUCUGUGCUGAUCCCAAGACUAAGUGGGUCCAGGAUGCCAUGAAGUACCUGGACAAAAAAUCCCAAAUUCCAAAGCCAUAA